GCUACCAUCCAAUCUUCCUUUGUGUUAGUGAGUGAUUCAAAUUUAAGGGGAAUAAAGUUUUUGAAAAUAAAUUAAAAAUAGUGUCGGGAAAGAAAAAUACAAUAAGUAUCUAAGCAGAAGCAUUUGGUGUAGGUUAAACCAUUUCCAUAUUCUUCCCUCUUCUGAAGUUGAUGUAUAAUUCUUCAUGUACAAAACUUCCAAUUAUAUCUUGAAUGUUACAUAUUUCUCUUCCUUUCAUGUUCUUUCACGUUGCUUCAGAACCAUCUAUUUCCUCCUUUGGAAUCUCCAACAAUGUUUGGUUCUUUCGUUGCCUUGGCCUUGACCCUUAACCAAAUAUAGUUUCAUUGUUCCUUUUCCAACACCAAAGUUGUAAUCUUUUGGUGUUUUUUUCAUCUGGGUCAUUGUUAGAUUUCAAGAAAAAAGACAGCAUGAUGAAAAAGAUGGUUUUUGAGAAGAACAAGAACAAGGGAUGUCAGAAAACAGAGAGAAAUAAUAGGUUCUUGGUUACUAUUAACAUCAUGGGAAGUUCGGGUCCUAUAAGGUUUGUUGUGAAUGAGAAAGAGCUUGUUUCUGGAGUCAUUGAUAGUGUUCUUAAAUCAUAUGCAAAAGAAGGAAGGCUUCCUGUUCUUGGUUUCAAUGCUGCUAAUUUCCUUCUUUACCAUCCAAAUGCAGGAUUUGAUGCUCUGAAUCCAAUGGAACCCAUAGGAUCUUAUGAGGCAAGGAACUUUGUGCUUUGCAAAAAACAAGAGUACCCAUCAAAUAAAGAACCACAAUCAGAGCUGAUUUCUUCAAAGAGGAAUGGUGGAUGGAAAGCAUGGUUGAACAAAUCAUUUAGUUUGAAAAUCUUAUCACAUUGAAUUACAUGUGAAUUAUGAAAGAUGUUCUAUAAUUCCAUUUGUGUUCUAAAUUGUGCUCAAUGUCACACUAUAAUAUAUGAUAGUGGCCUAUAUUGAAGUGUAUAUGUUCUUCACUUCAUUAUUAAGUACAAAUGAUACUUGUAACAUGCAAGUACUUGUGCUGAUAUUGACUUUGAAUUUGAUCUAUAAUCCAUUCUAGCUUAUGAAGUCAAGUUUGGAAUAUAUAUUUCAAAGCAUAAAUGGGGAAUGAGAUUCUCAUGAUUGAAGGUAGCCAUGGUUGUUUAAAGAAAGGUUGUGAGUUAAAGAUUUUUUGUUUGUUUUUUAUGGACCAUAGAAUGUGGUAAGAUGAGAAUAAGUUUUUGGGAUUAGCCUCUUCUCAUAUUAGAUUAUUAUGAUUGUUCUUUUAAUCAAUAAAUGUUAGUCUCAAAUUAGAUCUUC